UUGGUACUGGCAAAAUGUCUUUUUUGCCCUUAGUGGCAGAAUGUCUGUGUUUUGCUCUUACAAUUAAUCCGAAGAUUUUAAUCAGUUCGAAUCUAAUCGAAGAUGAACAAUACACAAAAUGAUGUCGCUGACAGCAGGGCACGCAGUCAAACCGAUACAGCCCUAAUGUUGUCAAGAUUGAAAUAUCCAGAACAUACAGGCCAAGCUGAUUCAGUUAAAGUUCCAAUUCUUCCUUACAAGAGACGUCUUUAUGAAUUAUUUACGCUUAUAGAACGGGAAAUGGACUCUAUACAUUUGGAAAAUUGCGAAUUACGUCUUCGUUUGGAAGAAGUUUAUCCAAAUGAAAGAAUUGUUAAUGAGAAAGACACAUCAAUACAGAGAGAAUUGUCUGAACAUGUUAGCAAUACUUCCUUUCAAAAAAAUGAAAAUGAUUAUUUUAACCAAGCGAUUGAAACGAGCAUUAGUGGGAAAAGAUCAGGAAGACAACAAAAAUGGAAAUCUGCAUUUAAAAAUCCGUCAGGCAAGCUUGCCUUAAAAGUGGGAUCAAGUGUCCCAGAAUCCAAGAAUCGUUUUGUACAGAAUUUUAAAGGACAUACAGACGGAGUUUGGGAUGUUUGUACAGCAAAAGUCGGGAAUUUUAAUGUUUUGGCUAGUGCUAGUGCUGACCAAACUUCCAAAAUUUGGUUAGCAGAAAAUGGUUCUCAACCAAUUGUGAAUUACUCCGCUCACAACGGUUCAGUCAAUUCUGUAGCUAUUAGAUGUGAUCAAAAUACUUAUUCGGGGUGUCAACCAACAUUUCUUACCUGUAGCGGGGACCGUUCUUCACAUAUUUGGCGCGUCAAUUUUGAUCAAAUAACUGAAAGACUGCAUGAAAACGAUUUUCAAAAUGCAGAACUUCCGCCUUUGCAACAAAUACACCAGCCUUUGCUUAAACUUACUGGUUUUUAUUUUCUUGUUUUUAAAUUUAUUUUCCAAUUAUUAGGACAUUCUGAUGUUGUAACGGAUGGAGAUUGGCUUUUUGGAGGUGACGAAAUUAUCACUGUCUCUUGGGAUCGAACUGCAAAUUUAUUCGAUGCCGAAACUGGAAAAAUUGUAAAAACACUUUCUGGACACGAUCAGGAAUUGACUAAAUGUUCUGUCCACCCCUCGCAAAAAUUGUUGGCUACUGCCAGUCGUGACUUCACUUUUCGUCUAUGGGAUUUUAGAGAGCCUAUUCAUUCUGUUGCUGUCUUUCAAGGACAUAAUGAUUCCGUAACAUCCGUUGUAUUUUCUCAUUUACAUCAUAUCGUUUCGGGCAGCGAUGACAAGACCGUAAAGGUAUGGGAUUUGAGGAAUAUGCGAAGUCCAAUCUCCGCAAUUCGAUUAAAUAUAGCGGUCAAUAAAAUUUCAAUAUGCAAUUCAAAAAAUCUGUUAGCUAUACCGCUGGAUAAUCGAAAUAUUUAUAUUUACGAUAUGAAUGGAAGUCGAAUGACUAGAAUUCCACGAAGCGCCGGAAAGGUAUUUUUGAUUUAUUUUCUAAGGAAUUUUCUUUAUCGAGGAAAAAAUCAAGAGGCCUAUAGAAAAUAUAAAUGGGUGUGCCAUCAUCGACUAGUUAGUGCCUGUACAUGGCUUUCUGACAAUCUUCUAAAUAAUUUAAUUACUUGUGGAUUUGACAAACAAAUUAUUGGAUGGAGAGUUCACUUGCCUGCUUCUAACUUUCCAAAAUCUUAA